UUCUUUCCUCCUCCGUCGUAGCCGUUCCUCUCCCAGUGUCAGGCUUGUCACCUUUAUCCAUACUUCGAGCUCCCACCGCCUCACUUACUGGUUUGACCACGUCCGUCCGCGGUCUUCUAACCUCGGGAUUCCCUCCCUUGUCGAAAUCUCGCCGCGAUGAGCGGAGGCUGGGGAACGCACCAGGUGGGGAAGCGUGGCGGGUGCACUCGCAGGGUAUUGCGGGGGAUGCAGGGACGAGUGCAGCGGCGGUAGUUGAGGCAGAGACGGAGGCGGAGGGGAGAGAAGAGGUUGGCGGAGCGGAAGAGGAAAAAGCGGAGAAGCUUCAGUACGUGCCCUUGCACACACACAGCGACUUCAGCCUUUUAGACGGAGCCAGCCAGCUGAAGGGACUGGUGGCACGCGCCAAGGAGCUCAACAUGCCCGGCAUUGCGCUCACUGACCAUGGCGUGAUGUACGGUGUGCUGCAGCUGGUGCGCAUGUGCGAGGCGGAGGGCUUAAAGCCCGUGAUCGGCAACGAGAUGUACCUCGUGCAUGACCAGGGCGCUCCCGCUGCUCUGCUGCAGGCCGCACGGGCCCUCAGGGAGCAGGAGGAGCAGGGAGAGCAGGGGGAGUUGCGGGAGGAGAGAGAGGAGAGUGGGAUGGGAAUGAGGAUGGGAGGGGCGGAAGGGGAAGGGGAUGGGGGAGGAGGACAGGUGGUGUUGGAAAGAGUGGGGGAGGUUGGUGGUGCUGUGAAGGGGAGUGGUAGUGGAGAGGGGGAUGUGGGGCAAGGAGUAGGGGGUGAGGUGGCUGAGGGGCUGGCUGGGGAAGAGCAGGCAGGGGAGGCGGAGGCAGUUGGGGCAGGGAAGGCGGUUAAAGCACCCCCAGUCAAAAGGUACCACCUGACGGUGCUGGCCAAGGACAUGGAGGGGUACCGCAACCUGGUGCAGCUCACGUCCCUCUCGCACCUGCAUGGCAUGGUGGGCAAUGGUGCAAGAGGGCGUCCGUGCAUCACAAGGGAGCUGUUGGCGCAUCACAGGAAGGGGCUCAUCGUGCUGAGUGGAUGCAUGUCAGGGGAGGUGCCUCGUGCCAUCAUGGCCGAUAGCAUGGACGAGGCGCGAAGCACAGUCGACUGGUACCACUCGGUGUUUGGGUCGGACUACUACCUAGAGGUGAUGGACCACGGGCGCAUUGACUUUGGUAGCGGCUACGAUGUCAACGCCAAGAUCAACCGCACGCUGCUGCACCUGUCACAGGAGACGGGCGUGCCCCUGGUGGCCACCAACGACUCUCACUUCACCCGGGCUACAGACCACAGGGCACACCAAACUCUUGUCUCUGUCAAGGCUGGGAAGAAUCUUGUCCAAGCGUACACGGGUCAGGAAUAUGUCAAGUCUCCAGAGGAAAUGCUGGAGAGUCUACAGAGGACCCUUCCCGAGGAGUAUGCUCUGGAAUCCCUCCAGAACUCGCUGCGCAUUGCUGAUAAGGUGGUCUCCUACUCCUCCGACCUCUUCUCCUCCAAGCCCAAGCUACCCACCUUUGACGUGCCUCCUGGUCACACUGACGCCUCGUGGCUUGAGAGUGAGUCGCGGAGGGGGCUGCAGGCAGUGAUGGGUGUGCAGACAUGGGAGGCAGUACCGCAACCGUAUAGGGAGCGAUUGGACCUUGAACUCAGGGUUAUUUGCAACUAUGGCCUCUCCGCCUACUUCCUUAUAGUGGCGGACAUCAUCCAGUUUGCGCGCAGAAACGACAUUCCCGUGGGCCCAGGCAGGGGGUCAGCAGCAGGGUCGCUGGUGGCAUACGCGCUGGAGAUAAUCUCCAUCGACCCCAUCGAGCAUGCAGCGGGAUCCUUGGUGGCAUACGCGCUGGAGAUCAUAUCCAUUGAUCCCAUCGAGCAUGGGCUGUACUUUGAGCGUUUUUUGAACGAAGAAAGGCUGGCUCCUCCCGAUAUUGACUCCGACUUUUGCCCUCUCGGGCGGGAUAAGAUCCUGGCAUACAUUGCAGAGAAGUACGGCGCUCACAGGGUGGCACAGAUUGCAACCUUCAACCGCAUGGGGUCACGUGCUGUGCUCAAGGACGUGGGGCGCGACAUGCAGAUUCCUUUAAACAUCAUGAACGAGCUUACAAAGCUGGUGCCAGUGGAGCGAGGCAAGGCAGUGUCGCUGAAAACCCUCAUGGCGGAAGACACCCCUUUCAGGCGACGCGUGGAGAGGGAUGCAAUGCUCUUACAAUGCGUGGAGUUGGGGCAGCUGUUGGAGGGCACGAACCGCUCCUUCGGUGUGCAUGCAGCCGGCAUCAUCAUCUCGCCCGCCUGCUUCCCCCUCUCCCAGGUGGUGCCAGUGCAGCACGCCCCAGGCAACCCUUCCGCUCUCGUCAGCCAAUACGCCAUGGAUGAUGUGGAACGAUUGGGUCUGCUCAAAUUCGACAUUCUCGGUCUGCGCAACCUCACCACAGCCCACCUCGCCCGCCUGCUCGCCCAGCGCACGUACGGCGUGUCCCUCCCUGUGAUAGAGAAGCUUCCGGUGGAGAACCGCGCGACGUUUGAGCUGCUGUCAGGGGGCGACGUGGACGGGGUGUUUCAGCUGGAGGCAUCUCCUGGGAUGAAGAAGGUGGUGCGCGCACUCAAGCCAUCCAGUCUCGCGGAUAUCUUCGCCAUCGUCGCACUCUACCGCCCUGGCCCUCUGGACGCGGGUCUAGUCGAUCGCUACAUCAACAGGAAGCACGGGCGAGAACCAGUCUCCUUCCAGACCCCCAAGCUGGAACCGAUCCUGAAAGAAACGUACGGAGUGCUGCUGUACCAGGAGCAGAUCAUGCGCAUGGCACGCGACCUGGCGGGGUACUCCCUGGGGCAGGCGGACAUGCUGAGGCGAGCCAUGGGGAAGAAGAAGCAGGAGGAGAUGGAGGCGCACCACGAGCGGUUUGUGGAGGGCGCUGUGGAGAGAGGGGUUGAGCGGGCCGUGGCAGAGGAUUUAUUCGAACAGAUG